UUCUCCGCAAGAUCAGAGCCUAAGGCAGAAGAUACAAGGCCCGUGACGGGGCAACGGUCGUGGUCUUGGAUCUCCUGUCGCUGAUCUCCGGGGGGGUAAACCCACUCAUGAUUUGCCCUCACCUCUCGCUUCGUAAUUUGCUAUAAACCUUGCUGCACUGGCCAACAGCGUUUGUCUUUCACUUGGCCAUUCUGGCUAUUUUAUGCGAUCGUUGCACCUCCGGAGUAGAUCUGGUUGCUGUCGAUCCAGUGUUUUGGUGGAGACUAUCCGAUAGAGAUCCACGUCCCACAACUUGCGACAGACAGCCGCCAUUGCAUCCAAACAUAUUUCUGACCACAAAGCCUGGUAACUCUUCAUCAUCUCAGAGUCUAUAUAUCUGCUCGGAUCGUCAGCGCGACAUACCGGGCGCAAUCGUUCUGGCCCACAACUCAUUCCCAUCUGAAACAAUUGACAUCGAUAUCGCUCGUUCACUCGCUAGACUGUCUUAGCAAUGAAUCUUCGAGCCGCGGGCCUUCGCAAGGCCAGCCGCCAUCCCUCUUUUACAUGGCUUUUACUCAUCAUCGCCGUUCUGAUGAUGGCGCAAACAUCCCUGGCACAGGAGACUACUGGGGGUGACCCUGCGCCGACAACCGACGUAACAACGAAGGAGACUACUACAGCUACGAGACAAGACGACACUACCACGACCUCAAGGACCACAGAAAGAUCCACAACAGACAAAUCAGCAACCACAACAACAACCGAGUCCUCAAAAUCUACAGACCCCAGUACAACCUCCUCCUCAACGAACGAUUACCCUGUGGUAACGGUCCCCCCACUCGCCGAUGCACCAUACAUGCAAACAUCAGAUACCCCGGAAGGAACUGUCUUCAUCGCCGUCGGCGCAGUCCUAGGCUUCUUGGGCCUCGCACUCCUCGCCUGGCGCGGCAUGGUCGCAUGGUCCGUAAACCGAUCCGUCCGCAAAGCAGCCAUAAUGCAAUCCUCUGAGGCAAAAGGACUCCUUCGCCACAGGAGAAAGAGAUCAGCCCAUCGCUCGCACGGCGGCCCAGCACCAGCCGUCUCCUUGGAAAAAAUGGGUGGCGGGCACCGCACUAACCACCGCUCCUCGAAAGGCCCAAGAUCCAACAGCGGGUUGUUCUUCUCUCCCACGGCUGGAAUGCACAGUGGCGGAAAUAGAGGCUCAAGCUAUCUCCCGGCGGGAUAUUAUGCUGCUGGUAGUGCUGCGGCUGGUAGCGGGAGCCACCAGAGUAUGCAUUUCUCCGCGACUGAUCUUCCGGGCAUGGGCCCGCAGGCACAGGGGUACACGAGGACAAAAUCGGGACCCAGCCCACCUGGCACGCCUACCCAUGCUCCCGGUGGUGUCUAUGAACCUCAGUUUAACACUUCAAGGUUUUCACACAUGGCGUCCAAUAGCUCUGUUAAUCUUGCAUCUCCUACGCAAGGAAGGACCCCGAGUGCCUACCUGGAAGAUCUGUUCGAGAAUCAUCCUCCCAACAAUAGACAAUAGGUUUGGUGAUAUCCCAUUCCAAAAUCGGAUGCUGUAGCUAAAUUUCACCUUUACUGUCCCUGUUCUAUUCUUACUUUUCCCUUUUUUACAUUCGAUGGCAAAUAUCAUUUACAUAAUCUUGUUAUAUAGUGUAUGUACAUCUCUCAUGUCAUGAGCAACCGUCUUCAGCGUUCAGGACCACGCACGUUUCUGGAUAGCUUUCCCUUUUACCUUUUGGCUUUUGCAGCGGUAAAUUUAGGCGAUGGAGUUCACUGGAGGUCAACUAGACCAUUAUCCAUGAAACUUUGGGUGUGGAAUUUGUUGAAUUUUUAUUUCGUUCCUGAGUUACACUUCAUCAUUUGGGUCUGCCUGUCGAU